AUGUUGGGAGGGAAGGAUGGAUGGUUAGAAUUAAUUGCGAUCCAACCACAGUGGGGCAGGUCAACUCCACAGGCGCCGCGUACUUGGUACGCCAGUGACCGGGCCCAAGUACGUCAGACUGCUCCGCCCGGCUUAGUCAAGUCCAAGUCAAAAUCGAGUCAAGAGGGCUGUUCAGGGGACCAGGCGAAGAACAAGACGCCGACAGGGGUUCAAUUGACUGGCCCUCGCCUGCCAAGUGCGACUAAUGAGGCCCCCAGCCUUAUCCCCAUCCAGGCUGCCCGAUGCUGGAAUGGGAUUCCGGCCAGGCGUUCGAGGCUCAAGACGGUCCUAGUACGGACAUACUCUGGCCUGUUUGCGACAGGCUCUGAAAUUCAUGAAACGGGCGUGUCGUGGAAUCUGUACGCUGAACAAGAAGUCCGUUACAAGAGUACGUCCACCGGUAUGUAG